CCGCUCGUCGUGUGGAUCAGCGCCCCAGGCCCCACACGGACCCACUAGAUUGUGCCUAUCUCCUCUUUUCUCAGCGUAUACGGAGAGAAUACACGUCCUAUCGUAUCUGCCAUCCUACCUACGCACGACGUGUAGCAUGUACUCGCCUACCCCCCGUCCACUACCCCGUGACCAGCCCCCACCCCCGACCAUCCCCAUCCGCGAUUCAAAAUUCGAAUCGAAGCAGGCAGACGCAGCUGCAUCGAGCGGACGAACCACGGCCUCCCCGUCCACGCGCCUGGAUCCCUAGGUUGCUUCACGAUUCAACGAUGAAUCGCGGUGCAGAGUCAUUCACGGAUCUCCUCUUUAGAUUUUGUUCCCAGCCGGCCGCAACAGAGGGCGUCCCAGAUCUGGGAUUGCUAGAGGAGGAGGAGGAGGAGGAGGAGGAGGAGGAGGAGGAGGUCGAGGACGAGGAGGAGGAGGGCGAAGAGCGCAUCCAUCCUAAUUUCCAGAAUCAUUCUCCUUCUUCAAGCCACGUUGGAGAGAAAUCUGAUGCCACAGAUUCAGGAACUCCUGAAGAUCAGGAGGCUAUGCCAUAUUUCUCCAACGUCCCAGAUAUUGACGACGUAGAAGAGACCCAGCCCGAAUCGCAUCCCAUUCCAGUUCCGUGGACUCAAAGCCGUGCCACAUUAUCGGGAAGGAAAAGUGCUUUGGAAAAGGCCAUGAGAAAUUACGCUGAUAAGAAGUCAGAGUUCGUCGUCAAGCCAUAGAUCGGCCAGGAAUUUGAUUCUUUGGCCGAAUCUUACGACUUCUACAACCUAUACUCGUGGGAGAUUGGUUUUGGCAUCAAGUAUGGGCAAUGCAGAAGAAACGUUGAAAAGUGCAAGACGGUCCAGGACAUAGUUUGCGGAUGCACGGUGAGUUAUAUCAUCCAGCCGGCUAACAUUUGCAAUUGCAUUCAGGGAAACCACGCAGGGAAAAUUCACAUUCAGUAUGCUGCCAAUGUCCUGCGCUUAUGAGGUUGCAUCGCACGUCAGACCAUGGUUGGUUCAUCCAUGAUGUGAAGCAUGAGCAUAAUCACAGUAUGGCACAAACAUGUGGAGAGAAGUUGCACUGGCCAUCUCACAGGCACAUUGAUGCCCAUGCCAAAGACAUUGUCAUGCACCUUAGGAACAACAAUAUAUCAUUAAGCAAGACUUUCGGUGUGAUUGCAAGCUUUUUUGGGGAUAUGGAAAACUUGCCCUUUAACAAGAGAUCUCUGCGUUAUCUCUGCAAGAGGAUGAAUCAGCAGCAGGGCGAUGAUGACAUUAGAAAGACGAUACAACUCUUCUCUGAAUUGAAAGAGAAGGAUCCAAAGUUUGUCGACAGUGUGCUUGUUGAUGAAGGCAGCAAGAUCAGGGCAUUGAUGUGGACAGACGGUAAGAGCCGACACCAGUACAAAUUCUUUGGAGAUGCAAUAACAUUCGACACAACAUAUCGUACGAACCAGUACGACAUGCCGUUUGGUCUUUUUUUUGGUGUCAACAAUCACUUUCAGAGCAUCAUCCUUGGAGGAGUGUUGCUACGCGAUGAAACAACUGAGACUUUUGAGUGGGUGUUCAAGGAAUUUGCAUCUUUGAUGGGAGGGAAGGAUCCAAAAACAAUACUCACGGACCAAGCCCGUGCAAUGGAGAGGGCUAUAUGUUCCCAGUGGCCUGAUACAACUCACAGAUGGUGCAAAUGGCAUGUAUUGCAAAAAGCAAGGGAACAUCUAGGUUCUGUUUAUUCAAAAAACAGUGAUUUUAGAGACGAGUUUCACAAACUUCUCGAGUAUAUGGUCACAGUAGAUGAACUUGAAACCGCAUGGGCCAGCUUGAUUGAGAAAUAUCAACUUGCAGACCACCCAUGGCUCACUCAAAUAUAUGAAGUUAGAACAAAAUGGGCAAAGCCAUAUUUUGCAGGUGUGUUCUGCGCAAGGAUGACGAGCACACAGCGUUCCGACAGUGCAAACCAUAUGCUCAAGAAUUAUGUGCAGUCGGCAUUGUCCAUGAACAAUUUUGUAAGGCAGUAUCAAAAAUUAUUGUUUGAUAGACAAUCAGAGGAAGAUUUUCAAGCGAAGAAGACUCGUGUGGGUGGCGUUGUCUUCAACCUGGGAGUGCCUCUAGAAUACCAUGCAAGCAAGGUCUACACUGCAGCUAUGUAUGAGCUGUUCCAACACGCAAUUUACUUGUCAGGGUCAUUUGUGUUACAAGAGGCCUGGCAGACAGAACAAGGCGUGGUCUACGUUGUUAACCACAUCUAUGCAGAGAGGAGGCAAGCAUGGUCCAGGACACAAUAUCAUGUUCUGUUUCAUCAGGGGUCCGGAGGAUAUUUAUGUGAGUGUGGUCUUUACUCACAUAUGGGUAUGUUGUGCUGUCAUGCUAUUCGGGUGCUGCUACAUCUUGGAGUUAGGGACAUCCCAGAAGUACACAUCAUGAAGAGAUGGACGAAGAACGCCUGCGAGAACCUGCCAGUGCAUCUGAUGAUAUAUAAAGCAUGCAAUUCUGCACUGAAGGACGCAACUUAUCGGCACUCUUCCUUGUACAGUAAGGCGCUCGAGAUUGUCCAAAUGGGGGACAAGAACACUGAAGCUUAUGGAGCUGCAAUGAAGCAGUUGCUGGACGCAAUAAGUGUUCUAAAUGAUAUCAACCAGGAGAGCGAUGGGCGAGGGUUAAAUGAUCAAGCCACUGCUCAAGCACAUGACCAAGAUGUCCCUGUGACACCAGGAGCAAAUGGUCUGUCAGGUUCAAUGAAUGUUGUAUCAUGCAAGAGGGAUCUAGGCAGGCCAACAAACGCAAGAGCAAAGCCAGGUUAUGAAAAUGUCAGCAAGCCAAGAACAAAGUUUUGCUCAAUCUGUAGAGGGAGGGGUCACAAAGCAUCGGGAUGCCCCUCAUAUGGAGGGGUAGCAAAGAAAAAAAGGAAAGUUCCAAAGUGUACAAAGUGCGGCCUGGAAGGCCACAAGAGGAAUAACUGCUCAGGAAGAAUGUUCGGCGUCUUCCAAUGAUUUGAUUGCACUUGCAACUGGUUUACUUUUACUCUUGGCUCGUGCAUUUUUUUUGUGCAAAUAACCUCAUUUGCUGUUAAGGAAGAUGAAAAAUGAUGUUGUGGUGAACAUUUAGGUUUAUUUUGCGGCCGUGUAGUGAUCUUUCAGUUUCAAGACAUUAAAACUUGGCACUGCUUCAGAUGAUGUGAAAGUAAGAAGAUAACAUUUGUACUGAUGCGAGAAAGGACAAGUUCAUCUGAAAUUGAAACGGGGCUUGUCUUUUGUCUAAGAAACUUGUGUUUGCUAUCGUUAAAUUUAUGAUGCUCUGCCAAUAUGUUAUGCUACAUGAUUUCUAACAUGUGACAUACGUACCAUGUUUAAAAAAAAUUACAUUCUUCAGUUUAACGAGGUGAAACAGCAGCGACGAGCACA